CAGAGACCCACUCUGCUUCAUUAAUAAACCACACACAGAAGAGAGAGAGAGAGAGAAAUCAUGAGGAUGGGAGUGGAGGUCCAAGAUACGAGCUUUGCCGCCGUCGCAGGCCAAGAGAACGUCUCCGGCCGGUCACCGGCGCCGAUCAGCUCAAGAUUAGCCUCUCUCUUGGGUUCUAAAGACCGCGAUUAUCUCCUCUCCCGAGAUGGAACUCAGGUGAAAAUGUCCGACUUAGAAGGCAAAGUAGUGGCACUAUACUUCUCAGCAAACUGGUACCCUCCAUCCCGCAACUUCAACCAGUUCCUGAUUGGCGCCUACCAGCAGCUCAAAUCUACAAACGUCCCGUUCUCCGAUCUCGAGACGAAGAAGUCGUUGACUCGGAAAUUCGAGAUCGAAGCGAUUCCCUGCCUUGUGAUCCUGCAUCCCGGGUCAGGGAAAGAUGUCGAGCAAAAUGCGCUAAGAAACGGCGUCGAAUUGUUGCAUCGAUUCGGGGUGAAUGCAUUUCCAUUCACCAAGCAGAAGCUGGAGCAGCUGGAGAAAGAGGACAAGGAGAAGCAUGACAGCCAGACACUCGUUAAUUUGUUGACCAAUCGUGAUCGAGACUACGUUUUGAGUCACCAUGGAGCGAGACAGGUGCCGGUAGCAUCACUAGUAGGCAAAACGAUUGGGCUCUACUUCUCGGCUCAAUGGUGUCUGCCCUGCGAGAAGUUCACCCCAAAGCUCGUCCCAAUCUACCACAAGAUCAAGGCCGACGACGAAGACGACUUCGAGAUCGUGUUCGUGUCGAGCGAUCGUGACCACGAAUCGUAUGCCUCCUACUUCUCCUUGAUGCCGUGGCUGGCGAUCCCCUUCGGCGACGCCAACAUCAGGAGCCUCGCGAAGCACUUCGACGUGCAGGGGAUCCCCUGCCUGGUGAUCCUGGGGCCCGACGGCAGGACCGUCACAGCGAAGGGGAGGAGCCUCAUUAACCUGUACCAGGAGAAUGCAUUUCCCUUCACCGAAUCGAAGGUGGAAUUGUUGGAGAGUCAAGUGGAUGAAGAGGCUAGGGACUUGCCGAGGACGAAGCUCCACGGUGGGCACAGGCACGAGCUGAACUUGGUUUCGCAGGAGAAUGGCGGCGGGCCGUUCAUAUGUUGCAACUGUGAGGAGCAAGGGGUAGGGUGGGCGUACCAGUGUUUGGAUUGUGGGUAUGAGUUGCAUCCCAAGUGCGUCAGGGUCGUGGGGGAUCAUGCUGUGCGUGAUGUUGCUAGCAAUGGCUGAGAAAGAAACAGAGAGAGAGAGAGAUAGAGAGAGGUUUUGGUGUUCUAUGGUUAAUUCCAGCUGCGUUUUGCUAAUUACCUUCGACGCUUCUUCUUCUUCUUCUUCUUCUUCUUCUUCUUCUUCAGUACUGCUCUGAUUUCUGGUUUUGCAUAGCAAAGCUUGAUUAGCCGCGACCUUGUGGGGUUGGAGCAUCUCUAAUCUUUCUUGCCCAAGAGAAACAAGGGUCUCUUUGGUGUACAUGGGUAGUGUUAAAUUAAUCGCAAGUAAGGAA